CGGCCGUGCUUGCCACCGCCGCAGUGUGCGUGGCGCCUUCCGCUCCGCUGGCCAUCCUGCGGGGUGAAGGCCAUGGACGUCAACCAGCCCAAGCAGGAGCAUUUGCUGGCUCUGAAAGUGAUGAGGCUAACCAAACCUACCUUGUUCACUAAUAUUCCAGUGACUUGUGAAGAAAGAGAUUUGCCAGGUAAUCUAUUUAACCAGCUCAUGAAAGAUGACCCUUCUACUGUAAAGGGGGCUGAAACUUUGAUGUUAGGAGAAAUGCUGACUUUGCCUCAAAAUUUUGGAAAUAUAUUUCUGGGAGAGACAUUUAGUAGUUACAUUAGUGUGCACAAUGAUAGCAAUCAAGUUGUCAAGGACAUACUUGUGAAGGCUGAUCUUCAGACAAGUUCUCAGCGUUUGAAUCUUUCAGCUUCUAGUGCUGCAGUGGCAGAACUUAAACCUGACUGUUGCAUUGAUGACGUGAUCCAUCAUGAAGUAAAGGAGAUAGGAACACACAUCUUAGUUUGUGCAGUAAGUUAUACUACACAGACUGGAGAGAAGAUGUACUUCAGAAAGUUCUUCAAAUUUCAGGUUCUUAAACCACUAGAUGUGAAAACCAAAUUCUACAAUGCAGAGAGUGACCUCAGUUCUGUGACAGAUGAAGUCUUUCUGGAAGCUCAAAUUCAGAAUAUCACUACCUCUCCAAUGUUUAUGGAGAAGGUUUCUUUAGAGCCAUCUAUGAUGUACAAUGUUGCAGAACUGAACACAGUUAACACAGCAGGGGAAAGUGAGUCCACGUUUGGUGCAAGGACUUACUUGCAACCUAUGGAUACACGCCAAUACUUAUACUGUCUAAAACCAAAGCAAGAAUUUGCAGAGAAAGCUGGAGUAAUAAAAGGUGUAACAGUGAUUGGUAAAUUAGACAUUGUAUGGAAAACUAAUCUGGGUGAACGAGGAAGGCUACAAACUAGCCAGCUCCAAAGAAUGGCUCCUGGUUACGGUGAUGUAAGGCUUUCAUUGGAGACAAUACCAGAUACUGUAAAUUUGGAAGAACCUUUUGACAUUACAUGUAAAAUAACAAAUUGCAGCAGUGAAAGGACUAUGGAUCUGGUUUUAGAAAUGUGCAACACUAAUUCCAUCCACUGGUGUGGAGUUUCAGGAAGGCAACUUGGAAAGCUGCACCCAAGUUCAUCCCUCCAUCUUGCACUUACAUUGUUGUCUUCAGUGCAAGGAUUGCAGAGUGUCUCUGGCCUAAGACUUACAGACACAUUUUUGAAGAGAACAUACGAGUAUGAUGAUAUUGCACAAGUCUGUGUAGUUUCUUCAGAAAUCAAGCAAAGCUGAGGGAAAACAAAUCUGUAGUUUUACUGGGGUUUUUUUGACCAACUUCUUGAUGUUUUUGCAGUCAACUGUUCUAAAAUGAGUAUAAACAAAAUCAAAUCCCUAUAUAGCUGUAAAUGUGAUAAUGAUUAUUUUAUUUCUCUGAGCAUUUCUUCAGUGUUUUCAAAUCUUUUAAAACAUGCAUAUACAUUUUAUCUACUAAAAAUAAAACCUUUGAAAAAAGUGUA